CCGACCUGAAGAGGUGCAGUUUUUCCAGGGUCCUGGGCACUCUGUGCCGGAGGACUCUGCCCUUUUCUACAAGGAGAGCACACAGGAGGGAAUGGCUGCUGUGUCUCCGACUGCCCGAUGCGAGGAAUUGGUGACAUUCGAGGAUGUGGCUGUGAUUUUCACAGAUGAAGAGUGGAGACAUCUGGUCCCUAGUCAGAGGGACCUCUACAAGGAGGUGAUGCUGGAGAACUAUAAGAGCAUCGUCUCACUGGGACUUCCUGUUCCUCGAUCCGAUGUGAUUUUUCAGUUGAAGAGAGGGGACGAGCCAUGGAUAGUAGAUCUUCGUGGAUAUGAUGAGGGAGAAUGUCUGGAGAGUGUCUCUCUAGACUGGGAGACUAAGCCUAAGACUAAAGAUGCUUCAGAAGAGAAAUCAGAAGAAACACUGAGGGAAAGAUUUAGAAGAGAGAGUCCCCUGUGUCCUAAAUUUGAAGCUCAUGAACCAGAAGGUGGGUUGGAAACAGAGAAGGAAAGCCCUGCCAUGGAGACUUGCAAGAAAUCCCUUUCCCGGGAGAAAAGUUUGCAGCGGGGGUCAGCCCCACCCAAGAAAAUUCUCACUAAAGAGAGAGACCAGGAAUGCGGUGACUGUGGGAAGACUUUUUUUGACCACUCGUCCCUUAUCCGCCAUCAGAGGACUCACACCGGAGAGAAGCCCUAUGACUGUCAUGAGUGUGGGAAAGCCUUCAGCCACAGGAGCAGUCUCAGCAGACAUCUGAUGUCUCACACUGGGGAGAGCCCCUACGAAUGCAGCGCGUGCGGGAAAGCAUUCUUUGACCGUUCGUCCCUAACUGUGCAUCAGCGAAUUCAUACUGGAGAGAAGCCCUUUAAAUGCAAUGAGUGUGGAAAAGCCUUCUUUGACCGUUCAUCCCUUACUCGGCACCAAAGAAUCCACACUGGAGAAAGUCCUUAUGAAUGUCACCAAUGUGGGAAAUCCUUUAGCCAGAAAAGUAUUCUUACUCGCCAUCAGCUAAUCCACACUGGCAGGAAGCCUUAUGAAUGUAAUGAGUGUGGGAAAGCCUUCUAUGGUGUCUCAUCACUAAACAGGCAUCAGAAAGCUCAUGCUGGGGAGCCUCGCUACCAGUGUAACGAGUGUGGCAAAGCCUUCUUUGACCGCUCGUCCCUUACACAACAUCAGAAGAUCCAUACUGGAGACAAGCCCUACGAAUGCAGCGAGUGUGGGAAAGCCUUUAGCCAGAGGUGCCGGCUCACACGGCAUCAGAGGGUUCACACGGGAGAGAAGCCGUUUGAAUGCAGCGUGUGUGGGAAAGUUUUCAGUUCAAAAUCAUCUGUUAUUCAACAUCAACGGCGUUACGCCAAACAGGGAAUAGACUGAGUCAGGUGAAAGCUUGGGUCAGACAAAGGACCUCCGUAGGGACUUACGAUAGGUCUCCCUGUCUUAGACAAGCCCAUCGUUUGCUCAUUCUACCCCUUCUGGCUACUGUUCUCCUGUCCUGCCUCUGCUCCACAGUGUUUAAAUAGCACUCACUUCUACUGUGUUAUACAACUGACGUGGUAUGCCAGAAAUCAGAAAAUGACUUUAAAGAUUCAAAAUUUUGGAGAGCCUUGUUAGACAAUAAGAUAGAUGUUAGAAGGAGACCCUUGGACAUACCUCUUGUCUGAGAACCUUCGUUCCAGGUAUCACUGCACUUUAAAUAACUGGAGGCUACAACAGGAGGGGAAAGGCACAACUGUUUUCCAGAACAGUUGUUUUUAUAGCUCUCUUGGAGCUUUUGGGGGCACUGACAUUGUUCUCUUGUGUUAGAUCUCUUAAUACUACCACUACGAAUAGCUAGCACUUACUGAGCACUUAUAGGGUAAACACUCAGCUAAGAGUUUUACAAGGAAUGAAUUGAUCCUCUCAUGAAUCCUAUGAAGUAGGUACUGUUACUAUCCACAUUUUACAGAUAAGCACACUGAAGUUGAGUGAUUAAAUAAUUGUCCCAAGGGUGACACAGCUAGGAGAAGGUGAAGCCAGGUCUUAAAUACAGGUCUACUUUCAAAGUCAAUUCGCUUUACCAUUAUGCACUAAGGUUUGAUUAUUUUAUAAUUUAUGUACAUGUAUUAUCUCCUCAACUAGAUCGUAAGCACUUGGAAGAGUGAUUUGUAGGUCUUUGUAUCUCACACAGUGCCUUGCAAAUAAUAGGUGCUCAAUAAAUAUUUAUC